UCUUCUCAUGUGCACGUCCUUUAACGCUCCCUUCGUCUUAAGGACCGGGAGGAAUGGAGGGGAGGGGGUUUAGCAGGGUCGAGAGCCUCCGAGCAACUUCACGCUUGCAUCCCGGAUCCCAUUCUGCGACCAGUAGGGUGGUUAUAGCAGAAGACGAAUGCUGGGCUUUUGGCCUAAGAAAGAAUGUUAAGGGGAAAAAUGUUAUUUCACAGAUGUUUCCCCGUGGAAAUGCAGUAUCAGGAUUCCGAAGUUCUAGUUCUAGGAGGGGAACCACGUUGAAAAAGGAAGCGCAGCGUCCAGAUCGUCCCAAAAGUUAACGGGGAAGGCCGCGAGCUAUCUUUAAGAAAACAUUGCAACGUCUGUUUCACUUUUGGAAAGACGUAUUUUGGCCCAGAAUAAAGGACUGCUCCCGACAAAAACAGGGAAAGAAGCAGUAAUACAGUUGCUUUGCGUAUCUGUGGCCUCAGUUUUAGGUACUUGCCAAGUAGGAGGUAAUCUGAAUCGGCAGACGGCCCCAGAUCUGAUGGGUUGAGACUCUCUGGAGAGCCUGACAGUGAUGGAGUUCAUGAGCACUGGAAGUGACAGCAAAGAAGAAAUCGAUUUAUUAAUGAAACAUUUGAACGUGUCUGAUGUAAUAGACAUUAUGGAAAAUCUUUACGCGAGUGAAGAGCCUGUGGCCUACGAACCCAGUCUGAUGACCGUGUGUCAGGACAGCAAUCACGAGGAGGAGGGGCGUGCCGACUCCGUGCUGCUCAGCGGCCAGGAGGGGCCUUGGCUGUCAUCGGUCCGAUACGGAACCGUGGAGGACUUGCUUGCGUUUGCAAACCACAUAUCCAACACCGCCAAGCGUUUGUACGGACACCGACCGCAAGAAUCUGGAAUUUUAUUAAAUAUGGUAAUCACUCCCCAGAACGGACGCUAUCAGAUAGACUCUGAUGUUCUUCUCAUUCCUUGGAAGCUGACUUACAGGAAUAUUGGCUCUAAUUUUAUUCCUCGGGGGGCCUUUGGAAAAGUGUACUUAGCACAAGACAUAAAAACUAAGAAAAGAAUGGCGUGUAAACUGAUCCCAGUAGACCAAUUUAAGCCAUCUGACGUGGAAAUCCAGGCUUGCUUCCGGCACGAGAACAUCGCUGAGUUAUACGGCGCGGUUCUAUGGGGCGAAACCGUCCAUCUCUUUAUGGAAGCAGGCGAGGGAGGGUCUGUCCUGGAGAAACUGGAGAGCUGUGGACCCAUGAGAGAAUUUGAGAUUAUUUGGGUGACAAAGCAUGUUCUCAAGGGACUUGAUUUUCUGCACUCGAAGAAAGUGAUUCACCAUGACAUUAAACCUAGCAACAUUGUUUUCAUGUCCACAAAAGCUGUUUUGGUGGAUUUUGGUCUAAGUGUCCAAAUGACUGAAGACAUCUAUUUUCCUAAGGAGCUGCGAGGAACAGAGAUUUACAUGAGCCCGGAGGUGAUCCUGUGCAGAGGCCAUUCGACCAAAGCAGACAUCUACAGCCUGGGGGCCACGCUCAUCCACAUGCAGACGGGCACCCCGCCCUGGGUGAAGCGCUACCCACGCUCCGCCUACCCCUCCUACCUGUACAUAAUCCACAAGCAAGCGCCUCCUUUGGAAGAUAUCGCUGAAGACUGCAGUCCUGGCAUGAGAGAGCUGAUGGAGGCCGCUCUGGAGAGGAACCCCAGUCACCGCCCCAGGGCAGCAGACCUGCUGAAACACGACGCCCUGAACCCCCCUAGGGAGGAUCAGCCCCGCUGUCAGAGCCUGGACUCUGCCCUCUUUGAGCAGAAGCGGCUGCUGAGCCGCAAGGAGUUGGAGCUUCCUGAGAACAUCGCCGAUUCUUCAUGCACAGGGAGCACCGAGGAAUCGGAGGUGCUGAAGAGACAGCGUUCUCUCUACAUAGACCUUGGGGCCCUGGCUGGCUAUUUCAACCUUGUCCGGGGUCCACCAACGCUAGAAUACGGCUGAUGGAUGGCGGCAUUUGCCCUAAAUUAGGACUCAGCAUUUGCUGGUCUCUGGGAAGCUGAUUCUGCUGACUCCGUGCAGGGGCUCUGUCAAGUGAAUUGUGCGUUUAUCGGCUGGGCUCCCACGACUCAUGGACGUGACUCCACGUGGCUCCUGUGUGUUGAUCUGUGAAGCUGCCCGGGGCCCCAUCAGGCUGGAAGGUUCUCAUUUCUCAGGUGGUACGUCUGACUCGAAGCUGAGAGUUCACCGAAGGAUCGUUUCCAGUGGCUGAUUCCAUUCACUGUGCACUUUGCUCAAAAUUUAAAAAAUACCAAUCACAAGGAUAAUAUAUUAGCCUAAAAUUACUAUUCUCGGUUCUAAUUUAAAUAUGGGAAGUUCAUUGAACUCAGAAUAGUUUGGUGUAUAUUAGUGUGUAUUCUAUGAUAACUCUUUGAGUCUUUGUCAGUAAACCCCAAUAUAAAUGAAAAUAUUGCAGCAAUGAGCUGGACUAGUGUCUUAAAAAUGGCUGAUGAGUUAGGAGCCAUCUGGCGGCAGGCCACUAGAGAUGGGUUCUGUUACGUUCCUAUGGAAACAUUUUGUACUGUACGUGCUAUGCUUCAAACAUUUAAAACGUGAUGUUUUGAAUGUGGAUAAAACUGUGUUAAACCACAUAAUGUCUGUACAUCCCAAAGGAUGAGAAUGUGACCUUUAAGAAAAAUGGAACCAUUUAUAAAUUCUUAAUAAUGCGACUUUUAUAACUCUUAUUUCUCUAUUUUCUUUAAAGCAUUUGUAUAUUAAAAUAGCAUACUGUGUAUGUUUUAUAUCAAAUGCCUUCAUGAAUCUUUCUUAUUAUAUAUAUAUUUUUAACACUGUAAAGUAUGUGAGUAUUCCUACUUCAAAGUAUGUUUUUACAUCAUGCAAAUAAAAAUGACACUUUUAUCCAA